CCAAAUAAGAUCCACCUAACUUUACUCUCCCUCUCUCUCCAUGUUAUCAUGUCCUCUAUAAAGGCUUGUACACCACCAGCUCCACUCCACAGUCUCACUCAUUUCCCAUUUUAAUUUUAUUUACCUCUUUUGAUCUCAUCUUCUUUCUCUUCAACACACAGAUAGAUCUCUUCCAAAACUAAAUCGUCUAGCAAACAUCUUCAUCCAUCCUAUUUUACACAACAACAAGAAAAAUAAAAGUAAAAGAGUAGUAACUAAAUUUUCUGCUAUUUUAGAAUCAUAUCUCCAAUAUAAUGGGACUUCUCGACAAACUAUGGGAUGAAACUCUAGCUGGUCCAACGCCGGACUCCGGCCUCGGCAAACUUCGCAAAUACAACUCUUUCUCCGCCAGAUCUAGCGCCGCACCGCCGCCGGAUCCGGUGCCUCCGCCCCCGAUUAACAAGAUUUCUCCGAGCAUCCCCGUUCCUGGAAGCGGAAUUAAUAAUUAUCGUAAUCUUACAGUUUCCGUGGAUUCGCCGUCGCUUCCGUCGUCGCCGUCGUGCUCCAGCACUCCGACCUCGCCCUUUACGCCAAAUACCCCUGGGGCUGCGGGGAAUUUUAAGAAGUUGACGAGGAGAAAAUCGGCAACUGCUGCUGUGCAAAACUCUGUGGCCAAGUCUCCAACUGGUUAUGAUUGGAUUGUGCUGAGUGCUUUGGAUCGUUAAAUAUGAGCAUGUUGAUGUUGAUGUUGAUGUUGAUGUUGAUGUUGAUGUUGAUGUUGAUCCUUUGGUGGCGUGGCGGCUUUGUGGAUAAGAUCGAUCUUUUGCGGGAGAGUUUGUCGGAUCACACCCUCCAUGUUUUUCUAAGAUUCCCCCUUUUGUGUGCAUAUUACCCAAUAAAAUUGUUUUCUUGCUUAACUUAAACUCGUGGAUUAUUCAAUCUUUUUGUUUAAGUUUAAACUCAAAUAGUACUACUAUGAUUUACUGAUAUUUGGGUGCCACCUUCAAUAGAUGUGGAUGAUGGUGCAGUUGUACAUCUUUUGUUUAAGUGAUUAACUAUAUUAUAAGUGAUUAAUUAAAUUAA